AUGAAAGUGUGCGAGCACCAUCAUGCAUGUACCACCGCCGCUACCCACGCUGCACUCAGAGCAGGCGGCGGCGGCCCGUCGCGCCUCGCUGGGUCACAAGUUCAGCGCGGAGAGCAGGGAGCCUCCCCCCCGGCGCGCGUGGCUGAGGGGUGGCCGCCAUCGACCGCCGCCUGUUGCGGCGGCAACACGCCAGAGCCGGCCGCAGCGGGGCUGCCGAACGCGCGCUGUGCAGGCUGUAUCAAGGUUGCAGGGGCUGGGCAGAAGCUGAAAUGUCGCUCGUUGCCGACUCGCUGGCGCGACGUCACCGGAAGGUGUUACCAGCAGCGCCAGGCCCAGACGGCUGCCCCUGGACAGACGGCAGCUGAGAGCGGCCAGUGUGACACGUUUUCGUCCAGUCCGUCGCCCGGUCCUUCCGAUCGGCACGUCCCACCGUCCCAGUCACCAACGGACGGUACAGACGUCCCACCUGACAACCUUGCCGCCGAACAGGCUCCCGCACCGGACGCUGAGGAGACCAGUACAUCUUCACAACACCUGUUUGACAAUUUCAUUGUACCUACCGACGCCUUCGAACCAGGUCGACGCUCCUCCUUGCCGUCGUCCGACACUGAGGAACACGUGCGCAAACAACGCUCGCCACGUAGGCGCAAACGCCGUCGCCGUUCACCCACGGGAUCUCAGAGCGUUGCCACCCGCGACGACGAAGACGACACCCAAGCAGCCGACAUUUCCACGCAGAGGUCGGCGGACAACUUUCACGAUGAACAAGACGUUUCGCAGGACGGGACCACUAUGGAGGUCGCCACGCACAAUGUAACAAUCGGUGCGCCGGUUGAGACGCCUGUCUCCCCGCCGACAACUCCAGAUCUCUCUCACCACGACGCAAUUCCCAUGGACAUUGGACAGACCCACGGCACAGGAGCAUGGGCCGACGACAUUGAGGAAGGUACGCCCCCUCCUCCGGAUGAGUUACCUCCGCCGGACGAGGCUACCUGUUAA